AUGUCUCAUCACAGAAAGAAUCCAGUGAGCGACAAAGUGAUAGCCAGGGCUCGAACCCGUGUCCCCUGCAUUGGCAGGCAGAUUCUCAACCACUGCGCCACCAGGGAAGCCCUACUUAGUACUUUUUCAGAGUCAGCUACCAUUUGGGACUUAAAUCACGAACUUUUAAAACAUGAGUAUAUAGAGCCACCGCAACCUGUGGGGGUAAGCAGGGAAGGAUUUUUUAUUCCUGGAGAGAAAGAGCCUGAGAAUCCUGAGAUCACCAUGUCCUUCAAAGAGAAAGAACACUUGGAUUUGGAAACCUCUGAGUCUUUCACGGACAAGAAGGCUGGUUAUCGGGAAACUGCUUGGUCCUCAAGGGAAAAUGAGAAGGAAUACAACACACCAAAAUUCACAUCUCUGCAAUUGGUUGAGAAUGUUGAAUGUGAAUUUCCAGCAACUAUUGAGUAUUUACAGGAUGAACAGAGAUAUGAGGAGCCAGAUGAUUCUUUACGCUUAGGAAAAGAGGAAUAUCUAGAAUCUGUUGGGUACUCUGAAGAUGCAGACACCCCCAUGGAAGAGGAUGCUUAUGAUGACCCAGAGUACAUUAUCUAUGACAGCAAAGAGGACUCUUUGUAUUCUGAAACCAUGGAGUUCUCUGAUGAAGAACAGAAUUAUGAGGAUUCAGAAACUGGCAUGUCAUUGGAGGAGGAAGAGGAGAAAAGUAUGGAAGGCCUCUCACUGCUGUGACCUCUCCCGUUGUGGAGCACAGGCUCCGG